UAACUUGGAUCCACUUACAGAAACUUAUGGGAUUCCAUUUUACUUGCAGUACCUCGCCCACUGGCCUGAGUAUUUCAUCGUUGCAGAGGCACCGGGUGGAGAAUUAAUGGGUUAUAUCAUGGGCAAAGCCGAAGGCUCGGUGGCUAGGGAAGAAUGGCACGGGCAUGUCACAGCUCUUUCUGUUGCCCCAGAAUUUCGACGACUUGGUUUGGCUGCUAAACUUAUGGAAUUAUUAGAGGAGAUUUCAGAAAGGAAGGGUGGAUUUUUUGUUGAUCUCUUUGUGAGAGUGUCCAACCAGGUUGCAGUCAACAUGUACAAACAGCUGGGCUACAGUGUGUACAGGACGGUCAUAGAGUACUACUCAGCCAGCAAUGGAGAGCCUGAUGAGGACGCCUACGACAUGAGGAAAGCACUUUCCAGGGACACUGAGAAGAAAUCCAUCAUACCAUUACCUCACCCGGUGAGGCCUGAGGACAUUGAAUAACCAUGGGCAGUGGUUCUUAGGCAGAUGCUCCGGAUAUUUUAUGGACAGUAUUUUUUUCACUGGAUGAUCUUGGAGCUCGUUAGGAGAAAAGUCAUCAUUUAAAACCUAAAAGUAUAGGUUAUAAAUUUUAAGUCUCAUUGUUUCCAGUUAACAACGUCCUACCUGCGAAAGCUGCACUGUAAUAAAAUUCAGUCAAGACGCUGCUAGGUGGAAGUCAGCGUUCUACUGUCAUGGCUCAGCAUACUCACUAAGCGCUACGGAGAGGACUUGCCCCAACCUCCUAAAUUCUGUGCCUGAGAACCACUGCUGCAUACUAUAAAUAUAUAUAUAUACAUAUAUAUAUUUUAUUUUGUAUUGAACCAAUAAUUGAAGCUUUAAAAGCAUAUAUGAAAUGUAUAAAUCUAAAAUGUAUAAUAAACACAUUGUUGACUCUGAAUGUU